AUGACAAACCACUCUCUUGACUAUGGACAUGCCUACUCGUUCUUCACUAGCUCAAUCCGCGCCACGGAUGCUAAGUCUGAUGAUCCAAACUUGGUACCAUUACCUGGCUCCGAGUCCUUCACUGUACAAUACGUCAACGCAGCGAUGUUGACUGUCGUAAUCUACAAUGCUUUGGUAACGAUUGAUAAAGAGAUAAAAUAUAUCUGGGUGAGCUCUGUACUCAUCUGCAUGGGUCAACGAUUCAUUGAUACCGACGAAGGCCAAGCUGUGCAGCCCUAUUAG